CGCUAUUCGAUCUCUAAUAAGCAAUCCCUUUCCCCCCGCCAUUCUCAUCAUGUACAUUAAUCGACAUCGCUCUCGCUUUCGCUCUUCCCAUCGCGUUUGCUGUCGUUCUCGAUGAAAGCGCUAGAGCCCGCAGGCCCGCCAAAGCCAUACAGCAAACAAAGACCAACAAACUGGACACACGUGUCUGAUUCGAUUGUCCAGCUGGUGCAGCAGACUUUGAGACACCAGGCUAUCUAUUACUGGUCUCUCACACUUAUUCUCUCGUCUUUCGUCUCUCCUCUCUGCGUCCCACUAGCAGGCGGGGUAAUUAUUAGUAGAGACCAGUCAUGACGGACUGGAUGAUGUACCGAUUCCCCCCUCAGGGCGGUGGUCCCUCACGUCCUCGCACUGCUCAAGUCGAACCACAAGCACCCAGCGACUUCUCCACUCACGAUGCUCUCGGACGCGUCAUCUCGAGUGGUGUUGUUGUCGGUUCCUCCUUAACGCCUCCUCCUGUGCAUGCGAUGGACUUCAGUCGCCCGCCAAUAACCAGCGUGCUGGCGCAGAGCACGCGCGACGAUGCGAUGGACGCCUCAACGACAGUCUUCACUCUGCGUCACGGCCGUCGAUACCUUCAUGAUAGCACCUAUCCCCUGCCCUGCGACCUUCCUGAACUUAAUAGGCAAAAUCUAUAUACUAGCUUGGCGAUGAAGGUGUUUGGAAAGCCCAUUUGUGCCCCGCAAAUGACCAGCAACCCGCCGUCAAAAGUGCUCGACGUAGGUUGCGGAGGCGGAUAUUGGGCAUCACUCUGCCACGAUUAUUUCUCCAGCUUGGGUCAUGAUAACGUGUCAUUCACUGGGGUUGAUAUAGUAUCCCUUGCGCCAGACUUUUCAAAACAAGGCAUGAACUGGAAGUUCAUCCAGCACGACCUGAGAAGGGUUCCAUUGCCAUUCGAUGAUGCUGAGUUUGAUCUGCUCGUGCUGAAAGACCUCAGCCACGCUGUCCCGCUUGGUACAUCUUCACAGCGCAUGCUUGACGAAUGCUGCAGGGUGUUGAAACCAGGUGGGAUCCUGGAGAUAUGGGAGACGGACCAUGUAAUACGCUCCUUACAACCAACUCCAUUAAGCUUGGCAAAUGUCCGCAAAGAGGACAGCCAACAGGCCCGAGCUACAGGCACGUUUCCUAUAUUCCCUGGCACACCUUUUGUGCUUGCACAGAACAAGUUUCUGCAAGACUUCAACCAAUGGUUGGAAAGUGCGCUCGACAAAAGAAAACUUUCACCAUCGCCAUGUACUCGAAUCGCGGGCAUUCUUCUUCAGGAAGACACGAUGAGCGAAGUUGACUUCAGGCGUUUCGCAAUUCCUUUAGACGAGAUGCGUUGGGAACGAGAGGGCGAAAAGUCCUCCAAAAGACGUGAAGAGUCGACUCGGCGAAAACCUCAAAAAGUAGCCGAACAUUCAAGUUUGACCGAGGAGCAAGCUGCUGUGCGCUAUACUGCUUUGAUGAUUGUUAUACAGCAUAUAGAAAGCUUGGAGCCAAUCCUUAAAGAUGCAAGCGGCAAGAAUGCCGAAGAAUGGCAGCGCUGGUGGGCGUGGAUGAUGUCGGACCUUCUUGAGAAUCACAGCGCUAAUAACGGCGAGUGUUUAGAAAUAGGAGCGUGGUGGGCGCGCAAGGUUGGAAUGUCCUGAGUCUUCGGUGUGUUUCCGCUUCGGCGUUUCUGCGAUACGGUAUGGAUUAUACGUUUUCGUAGCGUUUGCGCAGGGUGCGAUAUCGCUUGAGGUAAUAUCUGGAGAAACGCGUCUUGUUAGCUUAUCCAAGCGACUCCUGCACC